AUUAACACUAAAUCGCUAGCCAACAGAAAUGAGUUCCUCAGCUCUACUUGUAUUCGUCCUUCCAAUUUUCAUACACCUUCUCACCACUCCAAACCUUGCCCAGCUUCAAGACUGCACCGGAAGCGCUGAGUUCUGCUGGAACUGUUCCGGCAGUGGCAACUACAGCAGAAAUAGCACCUACAAAAAAAACCUACAGAAACUCUUACUCUCCAUCUCCUCAUCCAUCCCCGACCAGGCCGAUUACUCGUUUUACAAUGCUUCCUUGGGGCAAGACCCCGACAAAGUCAAUGCGAUCGGUCUGUGCAGAGGAGGCCUUGAGUUAAACGAUUGCCAAAAAUGCUUAAACGAGACUAGUUACAUGCUGUUGGAGAGUUGUCCUAAUCGGAAGGAGGCAAUCUUGUGGGGAGAGCGUUGUAUGGUCCGGUACUCUAGCAACUCCAUAUUUUCCAUCAGAAAGGACGAGCCCAUUAAGUUGUUGUCGAGCCCGAAUGAAGCGGCGGAUGCAGAAAAGUUUAAGGAAGCGUUAAAGCCUCUGCUUGACGACCUCAUCACUAAGGCUGCAUCCGCUGUUCAAAAGUAUGCGAAAGGCAGCGCAAAGGUGUCAAACUCGGAACCAAUAUACGCACUUGUCCAGUGCACUCCCGAUUUGAGCCAGAAGGAAUGCAACGAUUGCCUACAAGACUCGAGCUUAAAGAUUCCAGAAUGUUGUGAUGGAAAGAAUGGCGGGAGAAUUCUCAAACCCAGCUGCAAUCUAAGGUAUGAAUCAAGCAGAUUUUACGACUCUAACGGCCCUCAACAAAACGGGUUAUGCACGCAGGCGGCAGAGUUCUGUUGGUACUGUUAUAACGUUAGCAACGACACCAGUAUUGCUACCUUUGAGAAAAAUCUCAGAAAUGCUCUCUCCUCUUUCUCUUCUAAUGCUAGUAACCGAACAGAUUACGGGUUUUACAAUUCUUCUUCGGGAGAAAACUCCAACAUAGUUAAUGCAAUCGCGCUAUGUAGAGGAGAUCUUUCACCAGAAAUUUGUCGGAGUUGCGUUUACAACUCUAGCGAAAGGCUAUUGGGGCGUUGCCAGAACCGAAGGGAGGCGAUCCUAUGGGACGAGCUUUGUAUGGUACGGUUUUCCAACAAAUCUAUAUUCUCUUUGAGGCAAGAUGACCCGAGGAUGUAUGUGCCGAGCCCAAAUGCUGCGUGGGAUCCAAAUCUGUUCAGGAUUACCCUUAAACCAUUGUUGGAUAACUUGAUAAGUAAAGCUGCAUCUGGCGAUUCACUAAAGAAGUAUGCAUCAGGCGAAUCUACCAUUCCGGGAUACGAAACAAUUUACGCGACAACGCAGUGCACUCCUGAUUUGGACACGCAACAGUGUAACGGUUGCCUACAAGAGGCAAGCUUGUUCAUUCCACAGCAAUUUUCUGGAAAGCAAGGGGCAAGGAUUCUUAAACCAAGUUGUAAUUUGAGGUACGAAGUGUCACAAUUCUUUGUGCCUACUGCCGAUGCCCCAAUGACGUCUCCUAAGUCCUCUAAAGGAAAGAGUAAGACAACACAUACUCUUGUUGCAGCUGUUAUUCCUACAGUUAUCGUGUUGAUACUUAUCAUCAGCACAUACAUUUUUCUAAAGAUAAGGAAGCCACUAAGUAGAAAACCCGGAACUUCCGACGAAAUUAGCUGGGCGGAAUCUUUGCAGUAUGACUUCGAAACCAUAAGAGAGGCAACAGACAACUUCUCCGACGACAACAAGCUUGGACAAGGAGGAUUUGGAGUCGUUUACCGGGGUAGGUUUUCCAAUGGAAAAGACAUUGCAGUGAAGAGGCUGAUAAUGGAUUCUGACCAUCCUGGACAAGGAGAUCUAGAAUUUAAGAACGAGGUCCCAUUGGUUGCAAGGCUUGGACACCGGAUAGUCAACCUCAUAGGUGUUUGCUUGGAGAAAAAUGAAAGAUUACUUGUCUAUGAGUUUGUGCAAAACUCAAGUCUUGAUCGCUUUAUAUUUGAUCCAAUUGAGCGUGAAAAUUUAAAUUGGGACGGACGCUUCAAGAUCAUAAUAGGCAUUGCUCGAGGGCUCCUCUACCUUCAUGAAGAAUCCCAUCUCAAAAUUGUUCACCGUGAUCUCAAAGCUGGUAACAUCUUGUUGGAUGCAGAAAUGAAUCCAAAAAUUGCUGAUUUUGGCACAGCAAGACUACUUGCUUGUGAUCAAAGUAACGAAAGAACAAGGCGAAUUGUUGGGACCUUUGGAUAUAUGGCUCCGGAAUAUGCUAGACAUGGACAAUUUUCAAUUAAGUCUGAUGUCUUUAGUUUCAGCGUUUUGGUUAUGGAGAUUGUGUGUGGAUAA